AUGCUGCCCGAUAUUUACAUAACAGUGCUCGUAUCGGCGGUGAUCAAGACUGUGACCAUGACUAGCCAGGAAGUGGGAGGAGCGUUGGAGCAGGUGGGCGUGGAUGUGGGCGUGAUGGUGGGUCAGUUGGUGGACGAUUAUCUGAGUGGGUGUCACCUGGUGCUCAUCACCACUGUACCUCACUCACUCAUUACCACCAACAUACUCAGACGCCUGAGUGAGGGUACUGAGACUCGAGUGGUGGUGGAAGCACAGAUGGUGUUCUUGCAGGACCAGCUGGCCAAGGACCACCUCCUCCAUGGGCUUUGGGGUGACGGUAAGACCACCUGCAGGGGUCUUCUCCUCGACCUCACUGACGCCAACAAUACUCAUUUGGUCUUAAGGUUUCUCAAGGAAGCUGAGCUACGGAAGUUACCCGAUAUCCGGGUGCUUGUUGUGGGAGGAAGGACACGGGUGAAGGACGUCCUUCUACACCACAGUCUACGAAACACCAUCCACGCCCUCUACCUGGCUCUCAACGACCUCACCCUUCAGAGCCUCACCAUCCAGAGCCUCACUCUCCAGAGCCUCACUCUCCAGAGCCUCACUCUCCAGAGCCUCACUCUCCAGAGCCCCACUCUCCAGAGCCUCACUCUCCAGAGCCUCACUCUCCAGAGCCUCACUCUCCAUAAACUACCACUUAACUCACGUCAAAGAAUUCCCCUUGCCAAAGAGCAAUUUCAAGACUUUUUUGGAAGUAAAAUGCGGUUUUCAGUAUUAGCAAGCUUUCCAUACACGGAUUACACGCUGGACAGUGAUAAACCAGGCAGCACAGUGUCACUUAGAAACUGUCUUGAUGCCAGAAUGCUGUUUCUCCUCUCUAAAAAACUCAAUAUUAGUUUUGAGAUCCGGGAGAUACCUGACCGUAGUUAUGGUGUGCAGAAGAAUGGCAACUUUACUGGCAUGGUGGGACAUCUCCAGCGAGAGGAAUCAGAUAUUUGUGGAUCAAUGACAACUGUGGUUGGGAUUGUUGUUGAGUGUGGUGGUGUGGAGCGGGAUCCUGUGGUUGCUGCAGAGAUUAUGGUGGUUACAGCCUCUCAUAUGUUCCCAGGUGUUGGUGGGCGCGUGGCUGAUGUUCUGUCUGGUCAUAACCACAGGUUACAGCCUCUCAUAUGUUCCCAGGUGUUGGUGGGCGCGUGGCUGAUGUUCUGUCUGGUCAUAACCACAGGUGUUGGUGGGCGCGUGGCUGAUGUUCUGUCUGGUCAUAACCACAGGUUACAGCUUCUCAUAUGUUCCCAGGUGUUGGUGGGCGCGUGGCUGAUGUUCUGUCUGGUCAUAACCACAGGUGUUGGUGGGCGCGUGGCUGAUGUUCUGUCUGGUCAUAACCACAGGUUACAGCUUCUCAUAUGCUCCCAGGUGUUGGUGGGCGCGUGGCUGAUGUUCUGUCUGGUCAUAACCACAGGUUACAGCUCCUCACUAGUAGCUCACCUGUCAGUCCAGGAGAAAACCAAGCCCCCGGACACCUUGGAGGACCUGGUGACUCGGAACAAUUGGAAGUGGGCCAUUGAAACGCAGUUGUUAUUUGGAGCUUCGUUACUCUAUUUCUCACAGCAUACAGAUCCUAAGACGGUGAGCAUACAUCACAACACCAAAUAUUAUGAAAUUAAGCUUUGUUUUCUUCUCACCUGUGACCACAAGACUCAGAUGAUGACGCAGGGACUAGAGAAGGUGAGAGCAGGAGACUACUCCUUCAUAACCAUCUAUAUCAACAUCAAGGUGGUAAUCGACUCCCUAUACAGCGAGAGCUCAGGCCCGACACCCUACUACAUCAGCUACUUAAACCUUCUUAUAUUUCCUACCUUUGGAUGGGGUUUCAGGAAAGGUGCUCCAUUUUACAACAGGUUUAUGCAGUUGAUGCUGCAAUUGCAAGACGUUGGAAUUACGAGCCGAUGGACAAAAGAAGUGAUUGCAGAGCGUGUCAAGGAAAAUAGAGCAGCUGCAGCACUCAACCCACAAGCUAUCCAGAGUCCUACACCAUUUAAAGAGGACAGCAGAGUGGUGUUGGGAAUGAAUCACCUGCAAGGAGCAUUCUACAUGCUGCUGCUGGGUACAGGAGUAGCCUUCCUCACCCUGCUGGGGGAGAACCUCGCCCACUGGUGCUCCUCCCCUCAGUAA